CAACCCCAUCGUUUGGGACUCACACACCAAGUAAUCAGUAUUCAGUAUAAUCCUCAAAGAUGAUGAAGUUUGUGUUGUUCGCCGCUGUGCUGGCGUGCUGCGCCUACGUGAGCGUGUCCCAAGUGCGGGGCGGCGUGUACUGCGGCCGGCAGCUGUCCGAGACGCUGGCGACCCUGUGCUGGGGCCCCGAGCUCAGCAAGCGCAGCUGGUGGGUGCCGCCGGCGGGCGCGCUGGCUGGCGUGCGCGGCAAGCGCGGCCUGGUGGACGAGUGCUGCAGCAAGUCCUGCACUAUAGACGAGCUAAUGACGUACUGUUAGAUAAGGUGUUUGA